GACUCCGAGCUCCCAGGACUCAGGCGCUCCGCAGAGAUGAGCAUUUUGGGCAAGGGCAGGAGCUUCCUGGCGGCCGGCUUGCUGAAGAACCAAUCGGCCAUCGUCACCGGCGGGGCCACGGGUAUCGGAAAGGCCAUCGCCACCGAGCUCCUGAACCUGGAGUGUAAUGUGGUCAUUGCAUCUCGUAACUUUGAUAGAUUAAAAUCUACUGCAGAUGAACUGAAAGCCAGCCUGCCCCCCACCAACCAGGCUCAGAUCAUUCCCAUAAGAUGCAACAUCCGCAAGGAAGAGGAGGUGAACAGUUUGGUCAAAUCCACCUUGAAUAUUUAUGGUAAGAUUAAUUUUUUGGUCAACAAUGGAGGAGGCCAGUUCAUGUCGUCUGCAGAAAACAUCAGUGCGAAAGGAUGGCAUGCGGUGAUCGAAACCAACUUGACGGGCACCUUCUACAUGUGCAAAGCAGUUUACACCUCCUGGAUGAAAGAGCAUGGAGGAUCUAUUGUCAAUAUCACCAUCCUUACUAAAAACGGACUUCCAGGAUUUCUAGUUACAUGUUUACUGUAUAUCUGGGAAGAUGGAUUGCUGGGUGAAGGUGAAAGGCACAGUGGAGCAGCCAGGGAAGGUGUUUAUAACCUCACCAAAACCUUAGCUGUGGAAUGGGCCAACAGUGGAGUAAGGAUCAACUGUGUUGCCCCUGGAAUCAUUUAUUCCCCAACUGCUGUUAACAACUAUGGUCCUUUAGCAGAAGAUUUAUUUGCAGAGCAGUGUAAGAAAAUCCCAGCGAAACGAAUUGGAAUUCCUGAGGAGAUUUCCUCGAUAGUCUGCUUCCUGCUGUCUCCAGCAGCUUCCUUCAUCACCGGACAGUUGGUGAAUGUGGAUGGAGGCCAGUCUCUAUAUACGCGAAUAUAUAGCGUACCAGAUCAUGACAACUGGCCCGAGGGACCAGGGGACGUUUCUGUUGUCAAAAGGAUGAAGGAGACUUUCAAGAAUAAAUCCAAGCUCUAAGCCAAGGAAACUAGUGGUGUCUUUCAUCCCCAAGUGCCUUAACAUCUCAAGAAUACACUUUGGUACUUUAUAGGAGCUAGUAAUUUGCAUGCCAUAAUUACUUUCUGCCUUUUUAAUGUUACCGAUUAUGCCAAACAAUACAGCUGAGCCUGCGAUUAAAGAUUUUUUUUUAAGAAAUGGACUUAACAUACUUUAUGAUUUACUUUUUUUCUAAGAAAAAUAUUUGAAAAUUUUAAUAAUUUCAAAUUAAUAAUGGAGAUAUCAUCAUCUCCCAAAAGAUUUUGCUAUUUAGUCAGAAAGGAGGGCAAUAAACCUAAAUUGUGACAUCAUUGUAAUUCUUAAAACUAGAGAUAUACAAUGACUCAUUUCUUAUGGGAAAUAUUUUUGGUCAAUAAAGCUUUAUGGUAAUUAUCAGUACGUGACUUGUUUUGUUCAUGAAGUCAAAGUUGUAUAAACCCUUUUAAUUCAAAAGAAAAAUAAAAUUAUGUGUAGUAUUUCUUUCUAGUA